UUCUGCAAAUGAUGAGGGCGCUUUCAUAAAAAUAACCUUUUCCCUAACUUCAGGUAACAUUCCGGCUUUAAAUCUCUCCAUGCAAAUCUCCUCUUUAAACCUUUUGGCCAUUUUAUCAUUUUCUCCUUUCAAGCCUGUCCUUUGCUCGUCAUCUAACUUAAUUGAAGAAAGAUCCAUUCCAAACGCAUUCUCAGGAUACGCCGCUUCUACUAGAUUCAUUAAAUCCCUUGCAAAUUCGUCUAAUCCUUCGCCCAUCUCCUGUCUCCUUUCCACUAAUUUUAUGCGUGCGCUUUCCUUAUUUGAUAUCUUUUUUAGCCUCUCUGCCAAUUUUUCUACAAGUGUCUUUCACCGCGAUUUUUCAUCCCCGGGCAUUGAUUCAUAA